AUGGCUUUGAGACGAAGUGGGAGCAGUGAUGCAGUGUCGCCUUUCAUCAAGCCGGAUAGGAACCGGAGGAAUUUCUUGAGAGCGAUGAGAAGCAGAGGUUCAACACCGAGACCGAUGGUGAAGAAGGAGGACCCGGAUGCUGAAGCGGCCAGGGAAAAACUAGUUUUGGGUGGCGGAGUUGAAGGCGGUGGGUUUGGCAGAAGCACCAAGGUGAAAGAGGAGACGGCGGAGGAGUACGACGAGUUUCCGUUGAGGGCAGUGGCUAAGGAGGAACUGGAGAACAUGAGAACUCAUCUGUUGAAGUUCCAGAGCAAGAAGAACAUCAAUCCGAGUAAGGAUUUCCAUCUGCCCAUCAGACUGCAUCGUAAGGACACGAGAAACUUGCAGUUUCAAUUGACCAGAGCAGAGAUUGUGCAAAGACAGAAGGAGAUCGCAGAAUUCAAGAGUAAGCAGGAGCAGGAGAGAAGCGGUGGCGUGAAAAAGGAGGGCACCGGCACGCCUACGCCAGGGAUCGGCACUCCAGCGGAUGCGAAGGACAGCACACCGGUGCCUUUGGCGUCACCCAGUCCGGCGACAGCUGGCUCGCCAUCGGUUUCGUCACUUCCUUCCACUUCCUCAGCUGCCACAACUGGAACAUCUGACGUGAAGAUCGAAGAGAAAAAAGGCGCGACGCCAGUGGCCACCAGGCUUGAAGACGCUGGGCCUGCCGCUGAUCCAACCAAGGUGGGUAUGGUAAAAUACGACGGCCAAGAGGAAGUCACCGAUGUUGUGCCUGGGACUACGGAUCCACUGGCAGACGUGGCACCCGAUGGAGGUGGUCGUGCCAAGAGAGGCAAUGUAAGAAGGAAGACUCGUCAACUCAAGGUGCUGGAUGAGAACGCUAAGAAGCUGAGGUUCGAGGAGUUUUAUCCUUGGGUGAUGGAAGAUUAUGACGGCUAUAACACCUGGGUCGGAUCCUACGAAGCUGGCAACUCGGAUUCUUACGUUCUCUUGAGCGUUGAAGAUGAUGGAAGUUUCACUAUGAUCCCAGCCGACAAGGUUUAUAAGUUUACGGCAAGAAAUAAAUACGCUACACUUACGAUUGAUGAGGCCGAAAAGAGAAUGGAUAGGAAGAGCGGAGAAGUGCCUCGUUGGUUGAUGAAACAUUUGGAUGAUAUAGGGACUACCACCACGAGGUAUGACAGAACGCGAAGGAGAUUGAAGGCAGUUUCGGACCGAAGAACGGCUGAAGAAGAACGUAGCGAUAAUUCUGAGGUUGAGCUGGAUUAUGACGAGGAAUUUGCUGAUGACGAAGAAGCGCCCAUUAUUGAUGGUAAUGAACAAGAAAAUAAAGAAUCGGAGCAAAGAAUAAAGAAAGAAAUGAUGCAAGCAAACGCUAUGGGAUUGCGCGAUGAACCUGUAUCUGAUGAGGAAGACGAGCUAUUCAAUGAGAAGAAAAUAGAUGAAGAAGGUGAAAGAAUUAAGAAGGCUCUACAAAAGACUGAACUAGCGGCACUUUACUCGUCAGACGAAGACGAAGCUAACCCUUAUCUCUCUGAGUCUGACGUUGAGAAUAAAAAGCAAGCAGACCAAGUGAAGAAGGAAGCGUCGGAUGAAAACCUCUCAAGAAAAUCGUCGCCCAGGAAGCAUUCUAAAUCAGCGGCGGCAAAGGUGCAUAGAGAGCCACAGGUUAGGGUGAAGAGUAUCAAAGACUGCAUCAUUAUUCUGAAGGCCGACAAGAAUAUAUUGAAAAGUUUUCCUAAAGGAGAAUGGAACCCCAAAGUGACCAAGCGUAAGAGAGAGGAAGUCGACGCGGAUCUCAAAGACAGUACAAAUAAGAGAGUCAAAGUUGAAGAGGGAUCUGUUCCAUUAAUAACGGAGCAGGGGAUUAUCGAUGCGAUUGGCGACGGCGUAGUGAACGUUAAGGAGUUCGGAAAAGCCAUAAGAAAGAAAUAUCCAGGACCAGAAAACAAGCAGUUGAUGGUUGCCAUCGUGAAAAAGCUCUGUCGGGCAGUCGACAAACAGCAUAUGGAAUUGAAAAAAUAA